AUGUUACAUAUGAAGGAGUAUAAUAUUUCUCGGGAGCGUAUCCGCGAAGCAUAUAUAGCGGGUAUGGCCAACGAAGACGUGAAACUCAGUGUUGGAGAACUGAUUUUAAAGUAUGGACAUCCGUUAGAAAGGCACGAGGUAGUUACUGAAGAUGGUUAUAUUUUGACAAUGUUUCGGAUACCAAAGAAAGGACCGGUUGUGUUCCUAAUGCAUGGAUUGCUCGGAAGCGCUGACGAUUUCGUGAUAGGAGGGCCAGAGGUCAGUUUAGCAUACCUCUUGGCCAACGAUGGUUACGACGUAUGGUUGGGUAACGCUAGAGGGAACAAACACUCGCGUCGGCACAUCAGUCUCAAUUCCUCUGAGCCAAUAUUUUGGGAGUUCUCGUGGCACGAAAUUGGCUUCUACGACCUACCAGCCAUGAUCGAUUAUACUCUUAACAUUACAAAUAAGAAGUCACUGUAUUACGUAGGACAUUCUCAAGGCACGACCUCCUUCUUCGUUAUGGGCUCUUUACGACCAGAAUACAAUGAAAAGAUUAUACUUAUGAUAGCAUUAGCACCGGCUGCUUAUAUGUCGCACACAAAAUCACCACUUGUACGAUUGUUAGCUCCCAUAAGUUCAACAAUAAACACGGUGUUGAAAAGCUUGGGUAUACACGAGUAUUUACCAAAUAGUCCAAUCGUGCGUACUUUGAUAAGUAUACUGUGUGAUACGGAACAAAUGGCAGGAGUUCUUUGUAUGUAUAUUUUAAUGAUGUUCUCUGGACUCACAUCGGAAAUAAAUAUUACGGUCUUACCAGUCCUUAUAGGGCAUGUGCCAUCAGGUGGGUCUAUCAAUCAGGUGCUGCAUUACGUUCAGGAGGUCAAGUCGGGCAAGUUUCGCCAAUUCGACCACGGAAAUGAUGGAAAUAUGGUGAAAUAUGGCAGGAAGACGCCGCCCAGUUACCCCUUGGAGAAGAUCUCGGUCCCGAUUUAUUUGGUUUAUAGCGGCAAUGAUCUGCUCUGUCAGCAAGAGGAUAUAUACAAAUUGUGCGGUAAAUUAAAAAACUGUACGGAUAUAUAUAGGAUAUCGGAUGAAUAUCAGUUCAAUCAUUUGGACUUCGUGUGGUCUAAACAUUUCAAGAGUUUGGUAUACGAACGUAUAUUGAAGCAGUUAUGGAAGUUUACCUAA